AUGAUCGAGCAGCAGAAGCGGAAGGCGCCGGGCCCCGCGCCCGGGCCCGGUCCUGCCGCCCCCCCGGGCCCCACCGGCCCCGCCGCCGCCCCCGCGCCCGGCCCCGACCUCCCGCUCGUCCCCGCGCCCGCCAAGCGGCCCCGCCAUGACCUUCCCGGGGCGCCGGGCACGGGCGGCGCGGGGGGACAGCCCGCGGCCGGAGCUCUGCUGCAGGCGGGCCCCCCGCGCUGUUCCUCGCUGCAAGCCCCCAUCAUGCUGCUGUCAGGACACGAGGGGGAGGUUUACUGCUGCAAGUUCCAUCCCAAUGGCAACACCCUGGCCUCGGCUGGCUUCGACAGGCUCAUCUUGCUCUGGAAUGUCUACGGGGACUGUGACAACUUUGCCACCCUGAAGGGACACAGCGGGGCUGUCAUGGAGCUGCACUACAACACGGAUGGCAGCAUGCUCUUCUCAGCAUCCACGGACAAAACCGUGGCUGUGUGGGACAGCGAGACGGGCGAGAGGGUCAAGAGGCUCAAGGGCCACACGUCCUUUGUCAACUCCUGCUACCCUGCCCGGAGGGGCCCCCAGCUCGUCUGCACGGGCAGCGACGAUGGCACUGUCAAGCUGUGGGAUAUCAGGAAAAAAGCUGCUGUCCAGACAUUCCAGAACACCUACCAGGUCCUGGCUGUCACCUUCAAUGACACCAGUGACCAGAUCAUCUCUGGAGGCAUCGACAAUGACAUCAAGGUGUGGGACCUGCGGCAGAACAAGCUCACCUACACCAUGCGGGGCCACGCCGACUCGGUGACGGGCCUGAGCCUCAGCUCUGAGGGCUCCUACCUGCUCUCCAACGCCAUGGACAACACAGUUCGGAUCUGGGACAUCAGGCCCUUUGCCCCCAAGGAGAGAUGUGUGAAGAUUUUCCAGGGAAAUGUCCAUAAUUUUGAAAAGAACCUUCUGAGGUGCUCCUGGUCCCCAGAUGGCAGUAAAAUUGCAGGGGGCUCUGCUGACAGGUUUGUGUACGUGUGGGACACCACCUCCAGGAGGAUCCUGUACAAGCUGCCUGGCCAUGCUGGCUCUGUCAAUGAGCUGGCCUUCCACCCCGAGGAACCCAUCAUUCUGUCUGCGUCCAGUGACAAGAGGCUGUACAUGGGGGAGAUCCAGUGACCCGGAGCUGCGGGGUCAGUGCCCGCGGGGCUGGGCUGGCACCGAGGGGCACGAGGGUCCAGCAGCUGGCGGUGACACCCGUGCAGGCGGUGACACCGUGCAGGGUGUGACACCCGUGCAGGCGGUGACACCCGUGCAGGCUGUGACAGCAGCUGGCUGUGACACCCGUGCAGGCGGUGACACCCGUGCAGGCGGUGACACCUGUGCAGGCUGUGACACCCAUGCAGGCUGUGACACCCGUGCAGGCUGUGACACCCGUGCAGGCGGUGACACCCGUGCAGGCGGUGACACCCGUGCAGGCUGUGACACCCGUGCAGGCGGUGACACCCGUGCAGGCUGUGACACCCGUGCUGGCAGUGACACCUGUGCAGGCUGUGACACCUGUGCUGGCAGUGACACCGUGCAGGCUGUGACACCCGUGCAGGGUGUGACACCCCUGCAGGCUGUGACACCCGUGCAGGCGGUGACAGCCGUGCAGGCGGUGACAGCCGUGCAGGCUGUGACACCCGUGCAGGCGGUGACACCGUGCAGGGUGUGACAGCAGCUGGCUGUGACACCCGUACAUGCUGUGACACCCGUGCAGGCUGUGGCACCCGUGCAGGCGGUGACACCCGCUGGCUGUGACACCCAUGCAGGCAGUGACACCCGUGCAGGCGGUGACACCCGUGCAGGCGGUGACACCCGUGCAUGCUGUGACACCCGUGCAGGCGGUGACACCCGUGCAGGCUGUGACACCCGUGCAGGCGGUGACACCCGUGCAGGCGGUGACACCCGUGCAUGCUGUGACACCGUGCAGGCGGUGACACCCGUGCAGGCUGUGACACCCAUGCUGGCUGUGACACCCGUGCAGGCUGUGACACCCGUGCAUGCUGUGACACCCGUGCAGGCGGUGACACCCGUGCAGGCUGUGACACCCGUGCAGGCUGUGACACCCGUGCAUGCUGUGACACCCGUGCAGGCUGUGACACCCGUGCAGGCUGUGACACCUGUGCAUGCUGUGACACCCGCUGGCUGUGACACCUGUGCAGGCGGUGACACCCGCUGGCGGUGACACCCAUGCAGGCUGUCCCCUCCCCACGUCUCACUGUGCAGCUUCUCCCCCUCCCCUUCCUCUGGGGAGAACUCGGAAUUGAAAGGAAUUUUGGUUUGGCUGUGCCACUGACGGUGAAACCCUUCUGCAGCUCCCUUGAAAUGGAGAGUUUUUGGUUCGGUUCCACAUGUGGCCUGUGUGUUCCCUGGGCUGUUCCCUUUGGGGUUUUUUGAUACAGUUAAAACUGCAAUAAAUGGAUUUUUUUACACAG